GAUAAAUAUGUUACAUUCAUUUAUUCGUUCACUGAAAAUACGUUACAAGAUUUGAUGCUACAUAUGUGACCAAUGACUUUCGAAAGGAAAGUAGGCAAAAAGUGUGAAUUAAAUUGAAACAUUUUUUGUUUGCUGAUACAAAUAUUUCUGCAAAUAAUACAAAUAUAAACAUGGAGGCAUUGUUGGUAAAUGUUGUUGUUUCCAGUAAUAGAACACUUUAUUUAGCAUCGCAUAGAGAAACAUAGGAUGUGGGAUGCAAGAUACAUACAGAAGCAUCAGUUGUUGGAAAGAAUGGUUGUCACCGCAGUUAUUAUACUUAUUGUCGUUUGUUCAAUUAUGACAAUCGCCAUUAUUUUGCUGAUAGUGGAAUAUUUUAUCAAAAAUAAGCGCAAUGUUUCCGGAUGUUUUUCACUUCCCGGUGUUCUCGCAUGUGAUGGAAAAGGGAACGAUAAAGUUGAAUCAGGAACAUCGGACGUUGAUUUCCCUUCCCCGCCAAGUACUGUGGAAAGUAUAGACAAGAAAGACAAAGCUAAUUGUUUCGUCAUAGACGAUGAACAAAGAAACUUGGAUAACGUCAUACACACAAGGAAGAGACCUGUUGAUGACAUCACAAAGUUUACGCGUCAUACUUCUUUUAAACAAUCGGUGUCUCGCGAACGCGGUAAGCUACGUAUACAUGUGGUUGCUUAUAUUAAUAAUUCACCCAAACACACAGACCACCAUGAUCAUAAGAAGUUUCAAAUGAAGUUAAGAAUGUCAAGGUAUGCCGGCGACCUCCACCUAUUAUACGACACCACCCCAGUAUCAAACGUCCCAACCAAAAGCAACUUUCUCGCUAAAUACAUCCCCAACACAACAACAAGGGUGAACAUGAAGAAACUGCAACCCCCACCAUUACCUACAGCACGUGAACGGGUUCGUGACGUCAUGGAUGAUCGUGACGUCACGAAUAAUCGUGACGUCACAUCUACGUAUACAAUCAUGACCCCUACCACAGAAACAGCAGAUACCCCGAGUUUCCCGGCAUUGAAACCGAAUAUAAAUUGCAACGUUCGUUACUCCAGGUUCGCGGGCGAUUUACACGUCACAGAUCAAAACAACCGGACGUUUAGUUCGUCUUCUGUGACGCAACAAUCAACAAAGGAAUGUCCUUAUUUGGAAAUGCGCACCGAGAUUUAUGAAAAACCGAACAAACAAGAAUGUCUGUAUGACGUCAUUAUACCAGAGAAUCCCAAAAGGAAAUACUGAGAAUAAUGAAGAUAUUUAAAUAAACGGCUCAGCGUGAACGUGUGUGUUUAAUACCCACACCUAAUA